UACCCUCCUCUCUCCGUCCCCUCUGAGCAUCCCUCUGCUCCUCUCCCUCGCUCUCGCUCCCCUCUCGCUCCUUUGCCCUUCUCCAUUUCUCCCCUCUGAACUGGCCCUUUCCUCCUUCCCUGCCCUCACCCACACCCUGAGGAACUGACCCACCAACGAAGACCCCCAGGCUGUGGCCAGGACCCCCAGACCAGAGCUGGGUCCUCCACACUGCAGCUGGGACCCCCACACCAGGCAAUGCCUCUCCAGAUAUUUUGCACCAUCUCCUUCUCCAGCGAGGAAGGACCAAGAGACGCUGCAGCUCCUGGGAAGGGAGAGGAUGGAGCCGACAAGUUCCUGUACGGGCAGGAGGAGGAUGAAGAGGAGGAAGAGGACACGGGGGCUGCCACAGACUUCGUGGCCUUUGCCAGCAGCUGCACGCUGCACGGGCUGAGCCACAUCUUCGUGGAAGGCAGCCUGGGUGCUCGGCAGGUGCUCUGGGCGCUGGCCUUCCUCCUCUCCCUCUCCGUCUUCCUCUACCAGGUGGCCGACCGCGUCGUCUACUACCUGGAGUACCACCACGUCACGCUGCUCAGCGAGGAGGACAGCCCCGAGAUGGCCUUCCCAGCCGUCACCUUCUGCAACAUCAACCGCGUGCGCCUCUCGCAGCUCAGCCACGAGGACCUGCUCUACCUGGCCCCCCUGGUCGACUACGAGCCUGGGAUGGAGCUGGGUUUUGCCCCGGCCCGGCCCAACCCCGGGGAUGAGGAGGAACCCCUAAAUUUGUACGGGUUUUUUAACCGCACUUGCCACCAGCUGGAGGACAUGCUGCUGAGCUGCAGCUACCGGGGCCAGCGCUGCGGCCCCGCAGACUUCGCAGCGGUCUUCACUCGCUAUGGGAAGUGCUACACCUUCAAUGCUGGGCAGGACGGGAAGCCCCGGCUCAUGACCAUGAAAGGGGGCACUGGCAACGGCCUGGAGAUCAUGCUGGACAUUCAGCAGGACGAGUACCUGCCAGUGUGGGGGGAAACAGAUGAGACCUCGUUCGAAGCCGGGAUCAAGGUGCAGAUCCACAGCCAGGACGAGCCCCCACUGAUCGACCAGCUGGGAUUCGGGGUGGCUCCUGGCUUCCAGACCUUCGUGUCCUGCCAGGAGCAGCGGCUCAUCUACCUGCCUCCUCCCUGGGGUGACUGCAAGGCUGGGCCAGGAGACUCGGAGUUCUACGACACCUACAGCAUCACAGCCUGUCGCAUCGACUGCGAGACCCGCUACCUGGUGGAGAACUGCAACUGCCGGAUGGUGCACAUGCCAGGAGAUGCCCCUUACUGCACCCCGGAGCAGUACAAGGAGUGUGCAGAUCCAGCCUUAGAUUUCCUGGUGGAGAAGGACAACGAGUACUGCAUCUGUGAGAUGCCCUGCAACGUGACCCGCUACGGGAAAGAGCUCUCCAUGGUGAAGAUCCCCAGCAAAGCCUCUGCCAAGUACCUGGCCAAGAAGUACAACAAGUCGGAGCAGUACAUCGGGGAGAACAUCCUGGUGCUGGAUAUCUUCUUUGAGGCCCUGAACUAUGAGACGAUUGAGCAGAAGAAGGCAUACGAGGUGGCCGGCUUGCUGGGUGACAUUGGAGGGCAGAUGGGGCUGUUCAUUGGGGCCAGUAUCCUCACAGUACUGGAGCUGUUCGACUACGCCUACGAGGUGAUAAAGCACCAGCUGUGCCGGGGGGGCAAGUGCCGCAAGAACCACAAGAGGAGCAACUCGGACAAGGGCGUCGCGCUGAGCAUGGACGACGUGAAACGCCACAACCCCUGUGAAAGCCUACGGGGCCACCCGGCGGGCAUGACGUACGCAGCCAACAUCCUACCUCACCACCCGGCCCGGGGCACCUUUGAGGACUUCACCUGCUAACCGACGUCUGGAUGUACAACCUGAGCUACCAAAGCCCUCCGGAGAGCUGCCCUUCUCCCUGCCAGCGCCAGCGGAGAGACACAUCUAAGGGGACCUUGCUCCUCACCACGGUGGGACACGGACAAGAGCGACGGCCUCGGAUUUGGGGGCGGGCGGUGGGGUCAGGUCAGGCUGGAACCCGGGGCCUGCCCCGCUCCUGCAGAGACUCGAGGAGGCUCCAGCCCGGGAUCCCCGCGGCGCGGGGAGCGACACGCACAGCAGGCUGGGGCACGGGCCUGCCCAGCCUCCUCCCCUCGGCUCCCCUCGGCCUUUUUAACUAGAAAACCCAGAAGCCAAGAAGAAGCAGCCGCCGUUCGGCCGCAAAGUCUCCAUCCACAGCCCUGUCCGUCUGUCCGUCCAUUGUCUCCAUGCCCAUCCUGCUCCAACGCCUUGGCCGGCGCUUGCUGGGACCCCCAUGCCUGGCAGGAGGGGUGGCUGGGGAGCCCCACGCUGUGUCCGGGGUUCUGCAGUCCCACCUCGCUGUCCCCUGGGAGCGUGGUGGCCCGUGGCCCACCCUCGCCUGGGCACUCCCCUCCGCACGAAGACGGGGCACUUCCUCCUCUUGAAACGUCUUCCUCGGCCCCAGGGAACAGCAGUGCCCACCCACCCAGCCCCAGAGGGGACCUGGCCAGGGGUGUCACCUGGGCGCUGAAGACCCUGCCACCUGGGCACUCUUCCUCAGUGGCACUGGGCCAGGGGACACCGCGGUCUCCCUGCUCAUCCCUCCUGCCCCGCAGUCCCUCCUGUCCCCAGGGAACCUGGGGGUUACCCCGCGCGGCCCCCAAAACCAGCCACGCUCGGGGAGAAAGGCAGAAGGGAAGCUCCUGGUCCCCGUUUCAGCUGCAGCCACCAGCCCAGCUCAGCCCAGC